AUGAUUGAUACCCUGAUCAAUGUUGCGUUCUGCGUGUCCAGCUUGGUAACACUAUUGAUCCUAGUUCUCCCAUCACAAUAUGAUCCUCGUCCACCCACUUCCGACUCCGAAAGUACACGGAAGACAAUUGUGCAGAUCCUCGUGCUAGGAGACAUUGGUCGAAGUCCACGUAUGCAAUACCAUGCCCUUAGCAUUGCUAGGAAUGGUGGACAGGUGGUCAUUAUUGGAUACACAGAGUCCGAUCCUCACCCCGACUUGAUCUCCCACCCGAAUAUCUCCAUUGUCCCUAUUCGCCCACAUCCAGCCAUCCUACAAACAAGCAACAAACUGCUAUUCACAAUUUAUGGGCCCUUGAAGGUGUUGUUUCAGAUUGUAUGCCUAUGGCGUUGUCUGGCAUAUACCGCCCCACCAGCGCAGUGGUUGCUGGUGCAGAAUCCACCCUCCAUCCCCAGCCUUGCCAUCGCUUCCCUAUCCUGCUUCCUGCGUCAAACAAGACUUGUCAUCGAUUGGCAUAAUUUCGGAUAUUCCAUUCUAGCUUUGAAACUCGGUCCCAACCACCCGCUCGUUAAAGUAUCUCUCUGGUACGAGAAGUUCUUUUGCAGAUCGGCGUCCGCUCAUUUUUGCGUAACUGAUGCAAUGCGCUCGGUUCUCAAGCGGGAUUUCCAUCUGCAGGCUCCCAUCUUGCCAUUGCAUGACCGCCCCGCGAGCCAUUUCAGCCCAAUUCCAGAUGCUGAGGGGCGUAUCAAGUUUCUUGCAAGUCUGCCAGAAACGAAGAAGGUGUGCUCAUCGAUAGAAGCCACCAGGUUACGGGUUCUGGUCAGCUCGACAUCCUGGACGCCAGAUGAGGACUUUUCAAUCCUCAUUGAAGCAUUGUUGCAAUACUCGAAGCUCGCCACCUCGAAGCCCGAUCUGCCCGAGAUCCUUGCCAUAAUUACCGGCAAAGGACCACAAAAAGACAUGUAUAUGAAGAAGAUCGCGACCCUCGAAGCCGCGGGUCAACUUAAAAGGGUCAGGAUUCGUACUGCAUGGCUGAGCGUGUCAGACUAUGCAAAGCUGCUGGCCUCUGCGUCGCUAGGGGUGAGUCUGCACACCAGCAGUAGCGGAGUAGAUUUGCCGAUGAAGGUCGUCGACAUGUUUGGUGCUGGCCUCCCGGUGGUUGGUUGGAGCCGCUUUGAGGCAUGGCCGGAGCUAGUAACUGAGGGUGUGAAUGGAAUGGGUUUCGGCAGCGCAAAUGAGCUGGCAGAACAAUUGACCAUGCUGUUCGGCGACGACAAAAAGCUCGAAGCCCUUCGCGUGGGUGCUCAAAAAGAGAGUGUGCGGCGAUGGGAAGAUGAAUGGAAUCCCAUCGCAGGUAAGCUGCUUGGUUUAAACUAG